GUUCACACGGAGCUCACAAGAAGCAGAAGAAAACCAGACGAGCGAAGCAUCUCCAACCUCCUCCUGCUCCAGCGAAGAAGAAGAAGAUGAUUGGCAGCUACCAGCGGAGAGCUCGCCUUCUUCUCCUGGGGCUGAUGGCGGUUCUCCUGUCUCUCGGAGUCGCUCCGAAGGAGGCCACUGCCUCGACUUCAUCGUCGGCCUUCGUGCAGAACGCCAUCUAUUCCAACAAGAUCGCCAUCUUCUCCAAAUCCUACUGCCCGUACUGUUUACGUGCCAAGCGCAUUUUCAGUGAACUGCGUGAGCAACCUUAUGUUGUGGAACUUGAUCUUAGAGAUGAUGGUGGUCGAAUUCAAAACGUUCUUUUAGAUCUCACUGGUCGACGCACGGUCCCACAAGUAUUCGUGAAUGGCAAGCAUAUUGGUGGAUCAGAUGAUCUCAGUGCUGCAGUCACGAGUGGUCAGUUGCAGAAGCUCCUCUCCAGCAGUCGAUGAGUAACAGGAAAUCAGAUGUAGUAGGAUAUGACCCAUCUUUGUUUCGUUUUGACGUGUCCCAUUUUGUAAAAUAAGGUGCGAGCCUUUAGAUUGUACAAAGGUACAGCCUUUUUUCGGCAUUGGUUGGGGCUAUUGGUUCCUGCAUGCCUAUUGAGUCUGUAAGUACUCCUUCGGGAACUAAAACCAUCAAGAUAAGAACAAACAUGGUUGGCUUUGUGAACAUUACUUUCACAUUCAA